UAAAUAACCUAUAAUUUUACUCGCUUACAUUUUCGAUUUCAAAACUUAUAUUUUAUACUUAUUUAGAAAUAUAAAAUUCGAGUUUUAACUAUGAAUAGCUUUAAAAUUCUUAAAUUCCCUCUAAGACAAUGGCGAUCAUUUUCAAGAUGCGCAAUAUUACAACAAGAAGUGACGCAAGCAGCUGCUCCUCUCACUAUACCGAUACCCGAAGGUGUUGACAAACCCGUAUCACCUAAAAUCGAGAAGAUAGUCGCUGAUAUCACAAACCUUAACCUUCUAGAAGUAUCAGAACUAAGUCAAGUGUUAAAGAAACGCUUAAAUCUACCUGAUGCACCAGUUAUGCCCGUUGGUGGUUUUGCAGUGGCCGCUCCUGCUCAAGAAGAAGAGGAGGCGGCACCUAAGACUGUUAAAACUAACUUCACUGUUAAAAUGACCAAAUUUGAUGAUAAACAAAAAGUAGCUCUAAUCAAAGAAGUAAAAAGUCUUCUAGAAGGUUUCAACCUUGUGCAAGCUAAGAAGUUUGUGGAGAGUGUACCCACCAUUGUUAAAGCAGAUAUAUCCAAAGAUGAGGCAGAGAAACUGAAGGAAGCCCUAUCUAAAGUUGGAGCGGUCAUAGAAAUUGAAUAAAUAGUUCCUAGGUUUAUUAUUUUAAUUGUAAUUAGUAUGUAAAAUAUUGUUUAGAAAAUAUAAAUGAAUAUUAAACUCAAUUUGUUU